AUGUCUAUACUGUCUGAACGUCAAAAGGACGAUCUCAAUAAAUCCAUUGCGGAGUAUCUGUAUGCACAAGACCUUACAGAGAUUGCCGACAGCCUAUGCGCUCGGCUGAGUCUCGACUAUAAGUCUGAGCCAAACUCAAAGUAUGCGGGUUUGUUAGAGAAGAAGUGGGUCAGCGUAAUCCGGCUACAGAAGAAACUUAUUGAAUCCGAGAACCGUUACACUGCGCUGCAAGAAGAUAUUGCUGCGGGACCAGCACGCCGUAGGGAUGCCCAAGUUGAUUGGCUGCCCACCGCGCCCGCACGGUACACGCUAACUAGCCAUCGUGCGCCCAUCACACGUGUCGCAUUCCAUCCCACAUUCUCGCUGCUUGCGUCUGCCAGCGAAGACACGACGGUGAAGAUAUGGGACUGGGAGACGGGCAGCUUUGAGCGGACGCUCAAGGGACACACGAGGGAGGUGUGGGGCGUCGAUUUCGAUUCCAAGGGGUCGUUUCUCGCGACGUGCUCAUCGGACCUCAGCAUCAAGGUGUGGGACACGCAGCAGUGGGACAAUGCCGGAUAUAGCGGAAAGACCCUGCGCGGACACGAGCAUACGGUGUCGACUGUCAAGUUCUUGCCUGGGGACGACCUUAUCGCAAGUGCUAGCAGGGACAAGACAAUCAGGAUCUGGGAGGUUGCAACAACCUUUUGUAUUAGAAUGAUCACUGGCCACGAAGAUUGGGUGCGCAUGACUGUGCCAUCCACCGAUGGGACGCUACUUGGAAGCUGCUCGAGCGAUAACACCGCACGUGUAUGGGAUCCAACAUCAGGCGUCAUGAAGAUGGAGUUCAGAGGGCACGGUCAUAUAGUCGAGGUGAUUGCAUUUGCUCCGCUCGCAUCGUACGCCGCAAUUCGCGAGCUUGCGGGAUUGAAGGCGGCUACGAAAGCUCCGGGCGCAUAUAUUGCCACGGGCUCUCGGGACAAAACGGUCAAGAUAUGGGAUGUCCAUAGCGGGCAGGAACUGAGGACGUUGAGCGGCCACAACGACUGGAUACGGGGGCUUGUCUUCCAUCCUUCGGGUAAGCACCUGCUCUCCGCAUCGGAUGACAAGACGAUCCGCGUCUGGGAACUUUCCACGGGGCGCUGCAUGAAAGUGGUAGAGGCGCACUCCCAUUUCAUCACCUGCCUGGCAUGGGGCCCGCCCGUGCAGGCAGGCGGAGACAUUAAGGCUGCCUCAGGCUCCGGGAACUUGAGGGGCACUGGUGCAGACACUGAGAGGCGGAUGAACGUGUUGGCCACAGGAAGUGUGGACCAGACGGUUUGUGUGUGGUUGCCGUGA